CCCGCAUGAAAAUAUCAUCUUUAUCACAUAUCUCAAUAGUAGCCGUUAAAGGACAAUUACUUCAACGUUCAGUAAAAAACCCGGGAAGUUCCUUCGAGGUAUGAAAUUGGUGCCCAACAACUUCCUUUCGUUCUGCAGAGACUGGAAUCCUGCAAAUCCUUGGAGGAGCUCAAACAAAUCCAUGCCACUGUCAUCAAAGCAAGGCCUCUCCAAACCCAACUCGUGUUCAACAAAAUAAUUGCUUUUUGUGCUCUAUCACCGUCAGGGAACCUAGAUUACGCCCGCUCAGUCUUGGCCCGAAUGGGAAGCCCAAACCUCUACGCUUACAAUGCCAUUAUCCGGGGCCUUUUCUUGUAGCAAGAGAAACCCAAUAGAGUCACUGUUGUUUUAUCGUGAAAUGCUUGAGAAGGGCUUCUGUCCUGACAAUUUCACCCUCCCUUUUAUUCUGAAGGCGUGCACCCAUAUACGGGCACUAAGAGAAGGGAAUGUAGUUCACGCUCAGUCAAUCAAGACAGGACUAGUGAGGGAUGUAUUUGUGAUUAAUACUUUGAUGAGGUUGUAUGCUGUUUGUGGGACGGUUCAAGCGGUCCAGAAGUUGUUCGAUGAAAGUCUCCAUAGGGAUCUGGUUUCUUGGACGACGAUGAUUCAAGCUUAUGCGGAGAUCGGGCUUCCUAGGGAGGCAGUUCAGGUGUUUUUAGAUAUGGGUGAAGGUACAAAUUUGCGAGCCGAUGAAGUGACCAUGGUGAUUGUACUUUCAGCUUGCGCUAAAUUGGGGGAUUUGGAUUUGUGUAAGAGAAUUCAUGGGUAUAUGGAAGAUAAUAAAGUGCAAUCCGAUGUUUUUGUUGGAAAUGCCUUGGUUGAUAUGUACUUGAAGUGUGGGGAUGUUGAUUUUGCGUGUAGGUUGUUUGAUACAAUGCCUGUAAAAAAUGUGGUUUCUUGGAAUUCUAUGAUAUUGGGGCUAACGCAAAUGGGGGAGUUUAAAGAGGCAUUUUCUGUGUUUCGGAGGAUGCAGGCUAAUGGAUAUGAACCAGAUGAUGUUACAUUGGUUGGCGUCCUCAAUUGCUGUGCUAAUCUUGGGAUGCUUGAGAUGGGUAAGUGGGUUCAUGCAUAUAUAGAUAGGAAUCAGAUCAGGGCAGAUGGGUUUAUAGGAAAUGCAUUAGUUGACAUGUACGCAAAGUGUGGGAGCAUAGAUCAAGCUUUUGAAGUUUUCAAGUGCAUGGAACAUAAAGAUGUCUACUCUUAUACUGCCAUGAUUGUUGGGUUAGCUAUGCAUGGGGAAGGAGAGAAGGCAUUAACUCUCUUCUCUGAGAUGUCUAGGGCUGAUAUAAAACCAGAUGAGGUGACAUUUAUCGGGAUCCUAUCGGCAUGUAGCCAUGCUGGACUAGUGGAGGAAGGCCAUCGAUAUUUUGAGGAUAUGUCAAAGUCGUAUAACCUUACGCCUCAGAUAGAACACCAUGGAUGCAUGGUUGAUCUUUUGGGACGUGCUGGACUCAUAAGAGAGGCAGAGGAGUUUAUUAGCACUAUGCCAAUGAAGCCAGAUGCUUUUGUUUGGGGAGCUUUGCUAGGAGCCUGUAGGAUCCAUGGAAAAGUUGAGCUGGGAGAAAGCAUUAUGAAAAGGCUAGUAGAAAUAGAGCCUGCAAGGGAUGGUGCUUAUGUACUUAUGUCAAACAUAUACACCUCUGCUAAUCGGUGGGGUGAUGCAAUAAUGAUGAGAAAGACAAUGAAAGAAAGGAAAAUGAAGAAGAUCCCUGGCUGUAGUUUGAUAGAACUGGAUGGCGUAGUUCAUGAGUUCCGCAAGGGGGACAAAUCACACCCAAAAACAAAAGAGAUAUACAUGAUGCUGGAUGAAAUUACGAGACACCUGAAGGAGCAGGGGUAUGUAGCGGAGACUACGAGUGUGUUGCUAGAUGUGGCUGAAGAGGAGAAAGAGCAUGCUUUAUGUCACCAUAGUGAGAGGUUGGCAAUUGCUUUUGGCUUGAUCUGUACAAGCCCUGGGACAACACUGAGGAUUGUGAAGAAUCUCCGUGUGUGUAGUGAUUGUCACUCUGUGACUAAAUUUAUUUCUAGGAUUUUUCAGAGGGAGAUAAUUGUGAGGGAUCGUAAUCGCUUUCAUCAUUUUAGAGAAGGUUUUUGUUCGUGUAAAGAUUUUUGGUAAUGCAGGUUUCUAUUUUUAUUAUUA